AAAUACUCGGCCUUAAAAAGAUACAGAAAAAAUAAAUCUGAUGCCCUCAAAAAAAAACUUCGGGAUAUUAGUCAAGCUGUUAAAUGUCAAAUUAAGAGAAAAUAUCGUGAAUACCUAACCAAGAUCGAGAAAUCCUUAAAUUCUAAUCGCAAAACUUUCUGGAGUUAUCAUAAGGCUAUGUUACAUCAAAGAACAAACCAUAUUUCUGCGAUCAUUUACAACGGUGUUACAGCAACUAAUCCAAUUGAAAAAGCAGAACUACUCAAUGCUUAUUUUACCUCUGUGUUUUCCAAACCAACUGCGAACAUGGAUUAUGCGAAUUUUCUGAAUUAUCAGGAGUUUUGCUCAGAACUUGCUGAAUUCCAAUCGACUACGGACGAGGUCCUUGCUUAUCUGAAUUGUUUGGAUACAUCUAAAGCAUGUGGUCCUGAUUGGUUACCAGCGCGUUUACUUAAAGAGUGCAGUUUCCAGAUAGCACCCAGUUUGUGUGGUUUGUUUAACUAUUCGUUACAUAUAGGACGUCUUCCAUCAGAGUGGAAAGCAGCUGA